AUGGUCCUAGCUGGCCAGGGUGCGCCUGACAUCAGGUUGAUCACCAGCGACGUGGAUGGGACCCUGCUGAACAGCAAGCAAGAGCUGACAGCAGGCGUGGAGCACGCUGUCAGGCUUGCGAGAUCCGUAGGCGUGCCGCUGGUCGUAGCUACCGGGAAGGCGCCCGGGUGCGCAUGGACGAAGAGCGUGCUGCCCCGGCUAGGGCCCCCCUCUCCAGGGGUCUUCAUGCAGGGCCUGCUGGUCUACAACGCCCAGGGCGACCUCAUCCACAGCCGCUGUCUGGAGCGCGCUGUCAUCGACACAUGCAUCGAGUUUGCAGCGCAGCACGGUCUGACACUGGCGGCGUACAGCACGAGCCGCAUAGUUACGGAGCGUACGGACGAGCACACAGACCGGCUCCUCUUCUACGGCGAGCCGACGCCGGAGUCCGUAGGCCCGCUGCACGUCUUCCUAGACGCGCCCGGCAGCGCAGGCUUCCAAAAAAUCAUCCUCAUGGCAACGGAAGCGCGCAUUCAGGAGAUCCGGCCGUCCGCCAUCACCGCUCUGGGGGAUUCUGCCACUCUAACGACAGCGCUGCCCGGCAUGCUGGAGGUGCUGCCACCUGGAGCCUCAAAGGGGGCUGGAGUGGCCUGCCUGCUGAAGGAGCUGGGUCUGGAGCCGCAGCACCUGAUGGCCAUCGGCGACGGGGAGAACGAUGUGGAGAUGCUGCAGAUGGCUGCCAUUGGCGUGGCUGUGGCAAACGGUGGGGCGCCGGCCAAGGCGGCCGCAGAUGUCGCUCUGGAAGUGAGCAACGAUGAGGACGCCGUUGCGCAUGCUAUUGAACGCUUUGUGCUGGCGCCACGAGGGCUGUCGCUGCAAUCUCAGCUAUGA